CCCCCUAUAUAUUUUCAUUUUUUUUUUUCAUUUCCCUCCAACAGCUUCUCUCUCUUUUUGUGCUUUGUUCACUCUCAACUCCCAGUUGCCUCUCUGCAUUCUGUAGAUAAUAAUUUAUACAAAAGGGAUGGAAGGUGGUCAACAGUACAAUCCUCGAACAGUUGAAGAAGUUUUUAGAGAUUUCAAGGGUCGUAGAGCUGGCCUUAUUAAAGCUCUUACUACUGAUGUCGAAGAAUUUUAUCAGCAGUGCGACCCAGAAAAGGAAAAUCUUUGCCUAUAUGGAUUUCCAAGUGAACAGUGGGAAGUCAAUCUACCAGCUGAAGAAGUGCCCCCAGAGCUUCCAGAGCCUGCUCUUGGAAUUAACUUUGCCCGUGAUGGCAUGCAAGAGAAGGACUGGCUAUCUUUGGUUGCUGUGCAUAGUGAUGCAUGGUUACUUGCUGUUGCAUUUUAUUUUGGUGCUAGGUUUGGUUUCGAUAGAGCUGAUAGGAGAAGAUUGUUCAAUAUGAUAAACGAUCUUCCCACAAUUUUUGAGGUUGUGUCUGGGACAGCCAAGAAACAAUCAAAAGAGAAAUCAUCAAUGUCAAACCACGGCAGCACCAAGUCCAAGUCAAAUUCCAAGGUGGCACAGCGUGGCUCUGAACCGCCACCCAAGUACUCAAGGCCACAACUGAAAGAUGAGGAUGAAGAUGGUUUGGAAGAGGAGGAAGAUGACGAGCAAGGAGAAACACUAUGUGGUGCAUGUGGUGAGAAUUACGCAUCUGACGAGUUCUGGAUCUGCUGUGACAUAUGUGAGAAAUGGUUCCACGGGAAAUGCGUUAAGAUCACUCCAGCUAGGGCUGAACAUAUCAAGCAGUACAAAUGCCCCGCCUGCAGCAACAAGAGAGCACGCACCUGAUUGUCAGGUCACUGGGCUCGCACUUAAUCAGGGAAUUAUUAACAAGAUCAUUUUCUAAUCUGAGGAAAUCUCUUUUCGAGAAGCUUGAAAAGGUCAUAGGUAUUGUUUCUAGGUUGCUAUGUUGUCCAGUUCUUAGUCAUAGUUGGUGGUUUAGGUCUGCUUUUUUCUAUGUAGGUUGCAGAUGUAGUUGGUUGUGUAGUCUUAGAUUAUGGUGUUAAGACUCCACUCUCAAUUACUGUCUGUUUCAUUUAAAGGGAAGUCAAUCUCAGUCAUAUGGUGGAAGGAUAUGUUGUUAACUGCCUGCUUGCAUAAAUUUGUGUAAACUGAUGUUCUAUGUGCUAAUUAUGCUUUGACUGCAUGAUUUGGUUUCAGUAAAUUGAUGGAAGAUGAGAUCUGCUGUUGGUUGUUGAGACCUUUCUUGAGGAUGCUGGCCAUUCCAGAAAUCACAUCAGCAAUCUAUUAUACUCUUGGUAAAGCUGCAGGAAAUGUUGCCGCAGAGGAAUAUGCAUCUUACCUUCACAGGCACUAAGGCUGUAUUGUGGCUCGGGCCAAAUGGGCCUAAACAGGCCGGGCCAAACGUGCUUGGGCUUGAGGCGGGCCGGGCUGAGGCGGUGUCGGGCCAAACGGUCCCAAUGUGUGGAACCGGCCCACGGUGGUCCUAAGCCCACAUGGUCCCGGGCUAAAUGGACCGGGCCCGCGGGCCUAAACGGGCCUAACAGGCGUUUUUUGUUUCGGGCUAUUCUUUUUAAAUUUUUUUUA